AUGGCAAUGCUUUCAACACCUUUUCGUGUUGGUAGAAUUCGAAACCGUUAUGUUUCUCUGGGGGAUACGAGUAAUGCAAGCAGCUCUGCAAAUGGUCUCAAGAAAGUGGAUGUUUCCAGUGGCAGAGCCAUGUUAUGCCGUGAUACAGGGUUGUUUUCCUUGCGGCUAAAUCCAUGUACAAAAUGGAAUUUUCCGGUGGUUAGAAAUCAGGUUUCAGCAGACUCUAGUGUAUGUCGAUAUAUUAUGGAGGAGAAUUUGAGUCAUAUAGAAGAGAGUGACAGUGUCAUUCCUCCAAAAGAUUCUAAUAACGGAGCUUACAAGUUUGUGAAGAGUUUGAUAAGGAAAUCAAAUCGUCUUAGUGUCGUGCAAGAGCUCUUUGCUCUUUCUUUACCUGCAAUUGGAGGACAAGCAUUUGAUCCCUUAGCACAACUGGUGGAGACAGCAUAUAUUGGUAGUUUUGGUCCUUUGGAGAUGGCUGCUGCCGGUGUUUCUGUCUCCAUCUUCAACGUUAUAUCGAAGCUAUUCAAUAUUCCUCUUCUUGGUGUUGCAACUUCAUUUGUGGCCCAAGACAUCUCAAAAAAUGCAAUGAAUGAGUACUCUGAUUCAGAUGGGGUCUUCAAGAAAGAAAGUAAAAACAGUAGACGGCCGAUUGAAGUUCUUGAGAAAAAACAAUUAGCAUCAGUAUCUACUGCAAUACUAUUAGCUGUUGGAAUCGGUAUCUUUGAGGCACUAGCGUUAUAUGUUGGAGCCGGAUCUUUUCUAAAUAUGAUGGGCAUUUCGUCAGCUUCAUCUAUGAGAAUUCCAGCAGAAAGAUUUAUAAAACUUAGGGCAAUUGGUGCCCCUGCAGCCGUCCUUUCUCUAGCUCUACAGGGCGUCUUUCGUGGUUUUAUGGAUACGAAGACUCCAUUGUUCUGUGUAGGAGUUGGCAAUGCUAUAGCUAUAUUCUUGUUUCCAUUGCUGACAUAUACGUUUCGCCUGGGUGUAAUUGGUUCCAUCAUUGCCAACGUUUCAUCUCAGUAUAUUGUUGCCAUUUUGAAGAUCUGGUUUAUUAGUAAGAGGGUUGUGUUAUUGCCACUUAAGAUGGAAAAUCUGCAGUUUGCUGGCUACGCAAAAUCUGUUGGUUUUCUUUUUGGGAGGACCGUAGGUUCGCUUGGGGCUGUGAUACUGGGGGCAUCCAUGGCUGCUCGUCAAGCACCAAUUCAUAUGGCAGCUCAUCAAAUAUGUUACCAAGUGUGGUUAGCAGUAUCUCUCCUUGCAGAUGCCAUUGCUUCAUCAGCUCAGGCUAUGAUUGCAAGUUCCUACUCAGAAGGUGACUUCGGUCGAGUGAAAGAAAUAACGUUUCUCGUUUUGAAGACAGGACUAGUUAUGGGUCUUGCCUUAACUAUCAUACUGGGAGCAUCUUUUGAUAAAAUUGCAUUGUUAUCCACCAACGACGCAGAAGUCCUAGCAAUCGCUCGAUCUGGGAUACUGUUUGUUUGUGCCAGUCAGCCGCUCAACGCUUUAGCUUUCAUUUGCGAUGGUCUCCAUUUCGGUGUCUCGGAUUUUCAAUAUGCAGCUCAUUCUAUGAUAUUGAUUGGAGUUGUAACUUCUGCAUUUUUGCUCUAUGCUCCUUCUGUUUAUGGUCUCUCCGGAGUUUGGAUGGGUUUGAGCCUUUUCAUGGGUUUGCGUAUGCUGGCAGGUUUUACUAGAUUUAUGUCCAAGUCUGGUCCAUGGUGGUUCUUGCACAAGGACUUCCAUAAUACUAAAGUCAAUGUAAAUUAGAGUUGUAGCUUUCAUCAACCAUUCAUAGCUUUAUACACUGCAAAAAUGUGCAAAUGCCUAGUCUCC